GCGGAUCAGCUGUGUCCCACCUGUCCUUACUUCCUGCCCACGUCCGUCGAGGUCACCACACCUGUGGGCAUCCCGGCCAACCUCACCUGCGGCGUCAGGCAGCUCGGGGACAAGAAGGUGUCGUGGAUCAGGCGCCAGGACCUGCACGUGCUGACCACAGGUAACUUCACGUACACGACGGACACGAGGUUCCGCGCGCUGCACCUGCCCGGCUCUCCCUUUUGGAGCCUGGAGGUGGACCGGCCCACCAUCACCGACUCCGGCCUCUACGAGUGCCAGGUGUCCACGCAGUCCAAGAUAUUCCGCCGCUUCAGGCUCAGCGUUGUGGUCCCCAGCGCUCGCAUCACCGGCUCGAGGGAGAUCUUCAUGAAGGCGGGCAGCGACAUCAACAUCACGUGCGUGGUGAAGGGCGCCAUCAGGGGAGCGCCCGUCACCUGGUACCACGUGCUGCCCCGCGACCCACCCAAGGAGGAGCUGGUGGAGAUCAACGCCGGGGGUCGGGGCGGCGUGCAGCUGGUGACGGACAAGAACUCGGGCACCAGCUGGCUCCUGGUCACCCACGCCACCUGGAGGGACGCCGGGAACUACACGUGCGCGCCCGUGCACGCCACGCCCGCCUCGGUGUCCGUCCACGUGCUCGACGAAGAGGCUCCAGCCGAGCUCCAAAACGACCCCCAGCCGAGCCGGGCCCAGACGUCCACCCAAGGAACGCCAGGCCUCCCGCUGCUCCUGCUGGGGCUUCACCGUCUGCUGGGACGCGAGGGGGCAAGAACCUGGUGCCUCUGGGUACUUAUGGUGGCGUGUCUAGUGCUCCCCAACGCCAUCAGGGGGACGAGUGGCCUUCAGGACUCCUCUCAGACUAAUAAAGAAGCCGAGGCAUUGUUGAAAGUCGCCGCGAGGGAUGAAAACAGAGUCCCUGAUGUCACGCUCUUAAGAAAACAGGAGUUGAAAGGUGGUUUGAGAAUACCCUUUGGGUCCUAUACGCCCUCCUCUUCCUUUGAAUCAUUCACUUCCUUAUACUCUUCCUGCUUCGUCUCCUAUACCCCAUCCUUUUCCUGUUUAUCGUUGGAAUCCUACACCACCUUCUCCUCCUCCUCCUCCUAUUCCUCCUCCCGAAGGCACCACCAUCGCCCACUCAGUGUUCCGACGUCCACGUGCUUUGAUCUAUCCUCCUCCUCCUCCUCCUCCUGCCCUUCCCUCACCCACGCCUCCUGCACUUCCCCCGCCCACGCCUUCCACCCUCAGCUCUAGUCCACGGCGGGGCGUGUGGGAAGCUAGGCGCGGAGGACGUAGCGGCGCUGGAGUGUCUUUUUGUGUUGGUUGUCUGCGGUGGUGUGUUGGUGCGGGUGUGUUGGUGCGGGUGUGUUGCGGGGCGUGAAGGUGUGUGUUGUCCCUCCUCCCUCAUGCAUGCGUAAAAAUGUGUUGCUCUUUCCUGCUCUCUGGAUCACGCCACACACACACACACACACACACACACACACACACGCACCAUACACAAAUAAUGUACAUAUAAUUAUAAGGUCGUGUGUACAGUUUACGCAUCAGUGUGUACCUUUCCACUCCAUCAUCCAGUCAGGGAAUACAUAAACGGUCAUGCAUAAACGCUCAUACAGUCAUACAUACAUACAUACAUACAUACAUUCAUACAUACAUACAAUCAUACGUAAAUUCACUCGCCAGGCAGAGUGAAAUAGAGAGGGAGAGAGAGAAUGCAAAAUCACGCCAACUGGCUCUGUAUU